AUGAUGACUCGGACUUAUGAGACAAUUUUCGAGACGAAAAAGGAGUGGAAUAGACAGUGGGCACAAGUGAUCCUAAUGCUUGAGCUGUCGUUAUCACCCCAAGAAAGGCUCAUGCAUCUUCUAAAGUAUUCUCGUCCAACUGGAGUAAACAAGCGUGUUCGAAGCUACGUAGUCAGCAAAAAGAUCGGAGUGGGCGAUGGAUUGAACGAAGACGAAGAGGUGCAAAAGCGUGAAGAAAAAGCUGAACAAGUACGAGAAGAGAAGAGACAAUUGAUGAAAAAGAAGAAUAGGGCACGUAUAUUUUUAUGCCUCAUAGAUCAGUAA